AGUUGGUGGCCUGAGGAGGGGAAACUGCAGGCUACGGCAUGAUGGAUAUAAUUCUGCCUCCCAGAGAGUUUGCAGCUCUCGCUGGGAAGCCCCUUGGAGUAAACCUCGGAGAUCGAGAGCGCUCUGCACUGAUAGUUUUGUAAUCAACCGCGAAUGAUGAAACCUUCUAUAGCCGAGAUGCUUCACAGAGGGAGGAUGUUGUGGAUAAUUCUUCUAAGCACAAUUGCUUUAGGAUGGACUACCCCGAUUCCCCUGAUAGAGGACUCAGAGGAAAUAGAUGAGCCCUGUUUUGAUCCAUGCUACUGUGAAGUUAAAGAAAGCCUCUUUCAUAUACAUUGUGACAGCAAAGGAUUUACAAAUAUUAGUCAGAUUACUGAGUUCUGGUCAAGACCUUUUAAAUUGUAUCUGCAGAGAAAUUCAAUGAGGAAAUUGUACACCAACAGUUUUCUUCAUUUGAAUAAUGCUGUGUCCAUUAACCUUGGGAACAAUGCAUUGCAGGACAUUCAAACAGGAGCUUUCAACGGUCUUAAGAUUUUAAAGAGACUAUAUCUUCACGAGAACAAAUUAGAUGUCUUCAGAAAUGACACCUUCCUUGGCUUGGAAAGUCUGGAAUAUCUUCAGGCAGACUACAAUGUCAUUAAACGUAUUGAGAGUGGGGCAUUUCGGAAUCUAAGUAAAUUGAGAGUUCUGAUUUUAAAUGAUAAUCUCAUUCCCAUGCUUCCCACAAAUUUAUUUAAGGCUGUCUCCUUAACCCACUUGGACCUGCGUGGAAACAGGUUGAAAGUUCUUUUUUACCGAGGAAUGCUAGACCACAUUGGCAGAAGCCUGAUGGAGCUCCAGCUGGAAGAAAAUCCCUGGAACUGUACAUGUGAAAUCGUGCAACUGAAGAGUUGGCUGGAACGCAUUCCUUACACUGCCCUGGUGGGAGAUAUCACUUGCGAGACUCCUUUCCAUUUUCAUGGAAAGGACCUGCGAGAAAUCAGGAAAACAGAACUCUGCCCCUUGUUGUCUGACUCUGAGGUGGAGGCUAGUUUGGGGAUUCCCCACUUGUCAUCAAACAAGGAGAAUGCAUGGCCAACUAAGCCUUCCUCGAUGCUGUCCUCUGUCCAUUUUACUGCUUCUUCUGUUGAAUACAAGUCCUCAAAUAAACAGCCCAAACCCACCAAACAGCCUCGAACACCAAGGCCACCGUCCACAUCUCAAGCUUUAUACCCUGGUCCAAACCAACCUCCUAUUGCUCCUUAUCAGACCAGACCACCCAUUCCCAUUAUAUGCCCUACUGGGUGUACCUGUAAUUUGCAUAUCAAUGACCUUGGUUUGACUGUCAACUGCAAAGAGCGAGGAUUUAAUAACAUUUCUGAACUUCUUCCAAGGCCUCUGAAUGCCAAGAAAUUGUACCUGAGUAGCAAUCUGAUUCAGAAAAUAUACCGUUCUGAUUUUUGGAAUUUCUCUUCCUUGGAUCUCUUACAUCUGGGGAACAAUCGUAUUUCUUAUGUCCAGGAUGGGGCCUUCAUCAACCUGCCUAACCUAAAGAGCCUCUUUCUCAACGGCAACGAUAUCGAGAAGCUGACUCCAGGAAUGUUCCGAGGUCUACAGAGUCUGCACUACUUGUACUUUGAGUUCAACGUCAUCCGGGAAAUCCAGCCUGCAGCCUUCAGCCUCAUGCCCAACUUGAAGCUGCUAUUCCUCAACAAUAACUUGCUGAGGACCCUGCCAACAGAUGCCUUUGCAGGCACAUCCCUGGCUCGGCUCAACUUGAGAAAGAACUACUUCCUCUAUCUUCCAGUGGCUGGUGUCCUAGAACACUUGAAUGCCAUUGUCCAGAUAGACCUCAAUGAGAAUCCUUGGGACUGUACCUGUGACCUGGUUCCCUUCAAACAGUGGAUCGAAACCAUCAGCUCAGUCAGUGUGGUGGGUGAUGUCCUAUGCAGGAGCCCCGAGAACCUCACCCACCGAGAUGUGCGCACUAUUGAACUGGAAGUUCUCUGCCCAGAGAUGCUGCACAUGGCACCAGCUGGAGCAUCCCCAGCUCAGCCCGGAGAUGCUCAGCUUGCUGGGGGGCCGACGAGUGCAUCACCUUAUGAGUUCUCUCCCCCUGGGGGUCCUGUGCCACUCUCUGUGUUGAUUCUCAGCCUGCUGGUUCUGUUUUUUUCAGCAGUCUUUGUUGCUGCAGGCCUCUUUGCCUAUGUCCUCCGACGGCGCCGGAAGAAGCUGCCCUUUAGGAGCAAGAGGCAGGAAGGCGUGGACCUCACUGGCAUCCAGAUGCAAUGCCACCGACUUUUUGAGGAUGGUGGAGGUGGUGGAGGUGGAAAUGCAGGUGGGGGCCGACCAACUCUUUCCUCUCCAGAGAAGGCCCCUCCUGUGGGUCACGUAUACGAGUACAUUCCUCAUCCCGUUACUCAGAUGUGCAACAACCCCAUCUACAAGCCUCGCGAGGAGGAGGAGGUGGCUGUCUCAUCUGGGCCAGAGGCAGGGGCCGCAGAACGUGGGGCUCCUGCAACACAACCCCCGGGAACGGGGGAGGUUCUCCUGGGGAGUGAGCAGUUCGCUGAGACACCCAAGGAGAACCACAGCAACUACCGGACCUUGCUAGAAAAAGAAAAGGAGUGGGCGCUGGCAGUGUCCAGCUCCCAGCUCAAUACCAUAGUGACCAUGAAUCAUCAUCACCCUCACCCUCACCACGCAGCAGUCGGUGGGGUUUCCGGGGUCGUUGCGGGAACUGGGGGAGACUUGGUUGGGUUCCGCCACCACGAGAAUGGCGGGGUGGUGCUGUUUCCUCCUGGGGGAGGUUGUGGCGGCGGCAGUAUGCUGCUAGACCGAGAGAGGCCACAGCCAGCCCCCUGUACGGUGGGGUUCGCGGACUGCCUCUACGGCACAGUGCCCAAGUUAAAGGAACUGCAUGUCCAUCCCCCUGGCAUGCAGUACCCAGACUUACAGCAGGACGCCAGGCUCAAGGAAACCCUUCUCUUCUCGGCUGGAAAGGGCUUCACAGACCACCAAACGCAAAAAAGUGAUUACCUCGAGUUAAGGGCCAAACUUCAAACCAAGCCGGAUUACCUCGAAGUCCUGGAGAAGACAACAUAUAGGUUCUAACAGAAAAAGAAAAAAUACAUUAGUGCUUUUUUUUUUUUUUCAAAAGAAAAGAAAAAUAAAAGAAACAUAUCCCUCGCUCCCGUUACACUUGUCCCAAUAACUCCAUCCUCACAAACUUCCCUGCCCUGAACAGAACUGAAACCGCAUGAUAACUAGAAAAUACAGAUGUAUGCUCUCCCCACUCAGAUGUGAUUUGGAGGAAGGGCCAUACACAGAUCAUUAAUCAAUGAAGUGCCUUCGCAGACUUUUGCCAGCAAAUGUUAUCAUUAUUUUUUUAUACUGAAACUUGAGACUUUGACUGUGCCAUGUAUAAGGUAUA